UUUGAUAUUGACAAGACGAACGGUCGUAUCGUUACUAAUGGAUCACUUGAUCGAGAAAAAGUUUCAGUUUUUACGUUAACAAUAACAGCAUAUGACGGAGCAGUGAUCGAGAAAAGACGAUCUACAAACGCAACAGUCAUUAUUACAUUGCUUGAUGUCAACGAUAAUACUCCUUACUUUGCAGAAUAUCCAGCGCACUAUAUUGUUCCAGAAAAUACACGGAUUGGCGAAACUGCUGCUAUAAUUGAUGUUCGCGAUCCUGACGCUGGCGAAAAUGGGGCACUAAAUUUUACGAUGCUUUCAUGUGAUUUAUGCGGCUACUUCAUACUAAAUUCCACUACUGGAGCUUUCAUUACUAAUAAGAGCUUGGAACUAGAAAAUUCGACUACAUUACUACCGUAUACAAAUUUUACGUUUAAUAUUCACGUUGCAGACCGUGGUACUCCACAGCCCAGAGCAAUUACUGGAAUAGUUAUCUUAACAGUUAUACCGACUAAUGAAUAUGCACCAGUAUUUACUCGAACUAACUUAUCCCUAACAUUAGCAGAGAACACGAAGGUUGGACAUUUAGUAGUGAAAGUUUUAGCUACAGAUCGAGAUAUCGAUCGCCACGGUAUCGUGGAUUACUACAUUGAAUCAGGAAACUUUCGUAAGACAUUCUCUAUUGCUAAAACAAACGGUGAAAUUAUUUUAAUGCAACCACUAGAUUAUGAAACAUAUUCGUCGUAUAAACUCGUAAUUACAGCACAAAAUGGUCAAGAUUACAAGAAGGCUACAAAGAUGACCGUUCACAUAACGGUUACUGAUAUACCAGAC